AUGACUGGUGCUGGUGAUGGAGAUAGCGUGCUAUUCGUUGGUUCUGGUAGUACAGCGGCUGUUGAACUGCUCAUCCAUCUGAUGCAACCGGAAAAGCUGGUAGUGAUUUUAUCGGUUCAUGAACAUCACUCGAAUACGCUACCUUGGCGUGCGGUUGCUGAAGCUUGUUAUUAUGUACGCGAGUCCAGCAACGGUGGCAUCGACCUC